AGGCUCGAGUCCUUCACUCGUCAGUUAACAACCACCGAGGUCACCGGGAGGAGUGGACGGACAACCGGGCGCUGGAGCGGAGUCAGUGAGAGAACCUGAAAAUCCGCUCCGGUGGAAUGACAGCGAGCGCCAAUCCGCUGCCAAGUCAUGGAUAGAGCGCUGCCAAAAUGACACACGAGACCCUGACGAGCUCCCAGUUGUCUCUCAAGGCCGCAGCUUUGCGAAUGGUUGACCUACCGCUGUCCGUCUACAGCUCCCUGACACAGGUGAGCGUCAGCACCAGCACCAAGAAGCUGGUGGCCGCCACAACCUUUGGCACCAUCUCGCUCCUCUUCCUCGCUCGCCGCUUUCAAAGGAGGAAGGGCAGGAAGAAGGGCCAGUCGCCUCAGUGGGAUCAGGUUGAGUUUGAGUUCGUCUCCCCGACGGCCGCAGAAAAUGAUAACACCAGCCAAAACAUCAGUGUCACCUUCAGCUCCAAGAAUAGCUGCUCAGCUGGAUCUGGGCUGGUUCUGACCACAAGAGAUUACAGAAAACUGUCCGGGUCUCUGAUGAGCCUUGCCUCGGUAAAAAGUGUGAACUCGUCCAGCAGCAGCACCUGUGCAAACGAAUCCAUCGGUUGGGAUGGAGGGACAGACGCCGAUGUGUGCAGCGUCGUCAACCUGUCUAUUACCACACCUGAAAAUCUCUACUUGAUGGGCAUGGAUUUGUUUGAGGAGGCGCUGCAGCACUGGGAGGAAGCGCUGACGUUCAGGAGCAGACAGGGUGACGACGACGCGAGCUGCAAAUCUGUCAAAACAGGAGCCGGAGACGCAAUCGCUGAGCAGAGCAUGGAGGACGUCAUCAGCACGGAGUUUAUCCACCGGCUGAAGUCUCUGCUGCAGCGGGCUUACCGCCUGCAGGGGGAGUUUGAGGGCGUGCUCGGCAUGUCGGAGCCUUCGUCCCGCAGCAGCAGCAGCCAAGAUCAAAUGGUGGACCUUCUGGCCAGAGAGGAGCAGGACGACGUCUGCCUCAGAGACAGCAUCAGCAUCGCUUCCAACGACUCCUUCGUGUCGGCAGCUGAGCUGUCGGAGCACAGAGAUCUGAGGAACACUUUUCCCCUCGGACAUCAUCCUUUUUAUGAGGAGGCGCUGCAGAUGGCUGAGGAGGGCAAAAUCUCCUGCAGGGUGCUUCGAACUGAGAUACUGGAAUGUCUUGGUGACUUGGAUUUCCUGGCAAAGCUGCACUGCGUACGGCAGGCAUGUGAGCUCAUUUUGAGUGACAGGGCUACCAGGAUGUUUCUGGCUGACACUGGAAAGAAAAUCUUGUCUUCCAUUAUAGUCAAAGCCCAAAAGAGUCCAAAGCGAUUUGAGGAAGUGUUUGAGGAGCUGAUUGUCUUCCUGGAGCAUUCAGAUCAUUGGGAAGACACAGAGCUGGAACUGGCUUCACGAGGGGUUAGGCAUCUGAGCUUCUACGACGUUGUUCUGGACUUCAUCCUAAUGGAUUCCUUUGAGGACCUGGAAAAUCCUCCCAUCUCAAUCCAGAACGUUAUCAACAACCGCUGGCUCAACAGCUCCUUUAAAGAGACGGCGGUGGCGUCAAGCUGUUGGUCAGUACUGAAACAGAAGAGACAGCACAUGAAGGUGUCCAACGGCUUCAUUGCCCAUUUCUACGCCGUGUGUGAACAGAUCAGCCCCGUCCUGGCCUGGGGCUUCCUGGGCCCAAAGAGCUCCCUGCACGAGUUCUGCUGCUUCUUUAAGGAUCAGGUGCUUCACUUCCUGAAGGAUGUCUUUGACCUGGAUAAAGUUCGUUACUCCUCAAUGGAAAUGCUGGCGGAGGACAUGCUGCACCUUCUCCACCGCCGCUCCGACCUGCUGCUGGCCUACCUGGGAGCCGAUGCUCUGCGGCCGCUCAGCAGCUGCAGCGGCCCGCAGGUGCAGCUGGUGCCCAGCGCGCUGCUGGAGGCACAAGUACAGUAAGCGGCCACACGCCCAAUCCACCAGCCGUUGGACCAAAGAAAGUUAUUUUCUCUGACUUUUCCAAACCAUGAGGGGUAAAACGGACCGUCUGAAAUCAUAGUGUUUGCUUUUGUGGAUCGGUCUGCCUUCGUUGUCAUCUGAUGUGGCCUACUCCACGUUCACAGUGCCAUAUGACUCUUAGCUGGCGGUGCACCGAUCGCAGUUUUCUGCCUGAAGAUUCCGAUUGGACCGAUACAGACUUUCUUUUGGUCUGAAAUGUUGCCAUCUGAGUGAAAUUUUCCUCCUCCACCUUCUUGAAAUUAAACAAAAUUGGUGUCAAAUGUUUGUACUGUGUUUGUGCGGCUAUCAUUCUAAAGACAUUAAUGUUUCCAGAGAUUAUCAAAGGUCUACCAGCCAAUCCACAUUUACAAAAUCAAGCAAAAUGUGGUGGCAAUCAACUAAGCUACGUUUGUGCAGCAAUUUCUUUUUUUAUUUGUGCUAUUAUUUUGAAGAUAUUAAUAAAUGUUGCCAGAGAUUAUGAAAGGUCAACCAGCCUGUCCACAUUUAUAAAAUCAAAUGAAAUGCUUUAAAUCAACUAGGCUGUUUUUGCAGCAUAUUUUUUGUUUAUAGCAUUAAAAAAAGUUUCCAACUUAUCUUUUUGUAAGACUUUAUUUUUUCCUCAUUUUGUUGGUCAAUAUGCAACACGUCAAACUAUAUAUGUGAAAUUCAAUGAAAAAAAGAUUGUGAAUUAAAGAGUUUCCAAAAGCCACCAGAGAUCAAUCAAAAUUUCUAUAAAUUAACGUAGCUAUGUAAAAUUUAUUAGCACAGUUGGUUGACAAACGUGUUUGAUUUUGUAAAUGUGGACUGGCUGGUUGACCUUUGAUGACCUCUGGAAACAUUUAUUGGGGUCUUUAAAAUGAUAAUGGCAUAAAUGAAAAUUGUUGCAGCACAAAAGUUUUAUGGUGAUUUUGUUUGAUUUGAACAAGAUCAGGAGGCAACUUCACUCGGGUAAUUGUUGCUAAAUAUAGAAAGAAAGUUGGCAACAGCAACCUUCAAUAAGAUCAGCUUCAUAUACGUAUCGGCCGAUCACUGAUCUCCCAAAAUCAAAGAAAUCAGUCUGAUUUAUCGGUGCACCGCUACUCUUAGCAAUAAUGUGUAGUUUUAACCUGAUAAGUGUUGCGCUUUGUAAAAUAAAGUUAUAUUUAUUGCAGUUUAUUUGACACUAAAGACAUACAUAGCCAUAUUUAUUUCAGUAGAAAGCCAAAAAUGUUUGUUUUGUAGAUGUUUCAGUUGUCUGUAAGAGCUUAAAACAUAUUGUAGGCUUUAUCACAUUUAUUUAACACCAACAAUGCAAUAAUAUUAGACGUAUUUGCUGCUUACGCGAGCCUCUUUUAAAGGAAUCGUUUCCUUACGACGCAGAAACUCUAAAACCUUCGUGUGUUAACUUGAAGCUGUGAGCUUUUAAGCAACUUGUGCCACUCCUUUUUUAAUACAAGUACAAUAAGCCUUAACAUGAAAGCAAUUACUCAUCAUCCGUCACUGUUGGCUUAAAUGUAUUUUCACAGUGUGGCGUGCAGAGAAGUUUCACUGAAACACAUGGAAAUGUAUUCAGUUGCUGUAAAUCGUUAUUUGGGGAAAUUAAAUGUUGUUCUAACAAACCUGA